UCAAGGUGAUUUUGAGUUUGCUUCUUUCUCUUCUUUACCAGUUGACCUAUUAUGGACAUUUUAGUGGGUCACCCUUCUCUUUUGUCUCCUCUUCUUUAUUAAGCUUUUAUUAUUAUUAUUUUGUUAUGGGAUUUGAGCGUUCAUGAACACAAGGGUUUUCUGUUCUCAGACUCGGUGCCAAAGUACUUGAUAGGAUAUUGUUGUUUUCUAUUCUCAAAACUCCUAGGAAUUAGGGUUUGGUUAUCAUCCCUAAUUAAAUACAAUAAAUAACCUAGAAAUGGAACUUUCCUGUCCAGAAGGGGAGAUUCCAAUUCCUUUGAACAGUACAUAUGGUGGGGGACAUGGCCCUUCCAAUGGUUCUUCCUUCUUGUUCAUAGAAGACCAUGUGGUGCCCUACAAGAAACCGGUGAGGUACCGUGAGUGCCUGAAGAACCAUGCGGCCGCCAUGGGAGGAAACGCCACCGACGGGUGCGGCGAGUUCAUGCCGAGUGGCGAAGAGGGCACCAUCGAAGCACUGACUUGCUCCGCCUGUCACUGCCAUAGGAACUUCCACAGGAAAGAAGUAGAAGGCGAGCCCUCUUCGAAUGAUUAUUGUUUCCCGUUGCAAGGCAGGAAACUGCUCUUGGAUCACCACCACCACCACAAGAGUAUCCUACCACCUGAGGCUCUAGAGUACCCUACGGGUGCUCUAGAGUAUCCUAGGCACCGAGGACGGUCCGUAAACGAACUGAACGUUCAGCGAAUCGUUCGUGAACCGUUCGGCUAG